CAGUAGGUCCUUCUUAAGCGCUCUUUCUCUGUCUCUACUUCUCAGUUGCUCUUCUUCGGUUCCUCUGUGAACAUCGCCAUACCUCAUCUAAGACCACUUGAAUAGUGGGAAUCGGAUGGAGACGCUUGAGAAGCUUGGAGCCAUCGUGUGGAAGGAGGAUGUUUGGUUGCCGACGAAUGUGACAUGGGAGGACAUGAAGUCCAAGCCGGGAAGGCCGAUGCCGGAAUUCCAGGAUCUGCUCUAUGCCUUCCCGAUCGCUAUCGGUUUCCUUCUCUAUCGGAUCAUCCUGGAGGAGUUUUCCCUGAAUUCCGGCGUUUUCUUGCAGGUUUAUUCUGGACCCUCUGGCGAUGAGGAACGCGCCAAUGCACUCGGUUGCGUCCGCUCGCCGGAAAGGCGCCGCGGGAAAGAUCGACGGCCGAAUUCACAACGGACGGCUCGCAGCGAGCGGGAAAUGGAUCGAGAAGAAAAACCAAAGCCAUGUGGAGAUCCAAACUCUCCAGAAGAUUAGGGUGACUGGAUAUUCGUUCGUAACGCACACAUUUCUCUGCCUCUACGGGCUGUGAACGAUGGCUGACAAGCCCUGGCUGCGUGACACGUAUCUCUGCUUCACGAAUUUACCCUUUCACCCAGUAACGCUGGACAUCUGGCGGUACUACAUGGUGGAGCUGGGAUUCUACGCGUCCCAGCUGAUGACGCUGCCGUUCGACGAGAAGAGGAAGGACUACCUGGCCCAGAUGACCCACCACGUGGUCACCAUCGGCCUCCUCGUGGGAUCCUGGACGAGCGGCACCAUCAGGGUCGGCUCGCUCGUCCUGCUUGUACAUGACUGCGCCGACAUUUUCCUCCAGUUGGCGAAAUUGCUGAGGUACUUCAAGAGUCCUGCUGCAACCUUCCAGAAAGUCUUCGUGGUGUUUGUAGUGACGUGGAUCCUGACCCGACUCGUCUACUUCCCGCUAUACAUCAACAUCCCGGCCACCGAAACUGCACGAAAUAACCCCCGGUUCAGCAGCUGCUUCGUGUCCAAGGCCCUCAUCUUCCUUCUUUGGUCCCUCUUCUGCCUCCAUCUCUACUGGACGGUUCUGCUCUUCCGGGCGAUCUACAGAGCCGUCGUCCUCAAGAGAGAAGUCGAGGAUAACCGAAGCGAAGACGAAGACUCGGACAGCGACGAAGUCGACAAGAAAUCCGAAUGAACCCGUUUCCCGUCGGUUGACCUCUCAGGCUCAUUGUUAUCUGUGUUUUUUGAAGUAAUAAACUCCGUUUUCCGAA